AAAUAUAUAUAAUUCUAUAUACAUGUACUAGUGUCUUUACUCUCUUGGAUGUGUAUCUAUAGUCUUGGUUUUGGUUAGGGGACAAAUUGGAAGAUGGUUUUGUCUUUUGCAUUGAUCUGUGGAGGGCUGUAAACCAAGAAAUCAAGAACUAGAAAUCAACAAAUUCUUGAUUUUAAUUUUAUUUUCAACAAAAAAAAAAAAUCCCAUUUUUGCCCACAUGAUAAUCAUGCCAAUGAGGCAGAUGAAAGAAGCUUCCGACCACCAACACUGCGUUGUAAUGAAACCCCAGUUACCACCGCCACCAAACACCGCCACCAAAAACCCUAAAACCGCUCAAACCGGCAAGGGGGCCGCGGCCCCCCCACCACCGUUAUUACCACAAGAACCUCAAAACCAGUCGCCGUCACCCCCAUCAAGAAACAGGGGAAGAAGAAGGGGGCGAGGGGGCCGAAAAUCCGACCAAGGUGAAGUCUUUAUGCGGCCAAGCUCACGCCCAUGCACCGCAGCGGAUAAACCCGGAACCAGAGAAACGGGUCGGGUCAUGAUCGACCCGGUUCCACCAAACGGGUCGGGUACAAGUUUCCCCUGUUCAAGCAAGUCUUUGACUUUCCCAACUAGGCCUGGUUUUGGGCAGCUUGGGACAAAAUGUAUUGUCAAGGCAAAUCAUUUCUUUGCUCAGUUGCCAGACAAAGACUUAAACCAAUAUGAUGUAACUAUUACCCCCGAAGUCGCAUCGAGGGCGGUAAAUCGAGCUAUAAUAGCGGAACUCGUGAAAGUAUACAAGGAAUCCGAUUUAGGGAAGAGAUUACCUGCGUAUGAUGGGCGAAAGAGUCUUUACACCGCAGGGGAACUUCCUUUCGCUCGGAAGGAGUUUAUUGUUAAGCUUGUAGACGAAGAAGACACUAUCAACGGCCCUAAGAGAGUGAGGGAAUACAAAGUAGCAAUCAAAUUUGUCGCACGUGCAAAUUUACAUCAUUUGGAGCAAUUUCUAGCCGGUAAACGAGCAGAUGGUCCAAAGGAGGCACUACAAAUUCUCGACAUUGUAUUGAGAGAGCUCUCCGUGAAAAGAUUCUGUCCUGUCGGAAGAUCGUUUUUUUCUCCGGAUAUAAGGAAACCGCAAAGACUAGGUGACGGUUUGGAGGCGUGGUGUGGAUUCUAUCAGAGCAUACGGCCCACUCAGAUGGGAUUGUCACUUAACAUAGAUAUGGCUUCGGCUGCAUUUAUUGAGGCUCUUCCGGUUAUCGAAUUCGUCGCUCAAUUAUUGGGGAAAGAUGUUUUGUCGAGGCCGUUAUCCGAUUCGGAUCGCAUUAAGGUUAAAAAAGCACUUAGAGGAGUAAAAGUUGAAGUGACUCAUAGAAGAGAUGUUCGAAGAAAAUAUCGAGUUUGCGGCAUUACGACUCAGCCCACUCGUGAGCUAGUAUUUCCGGUGGAUGACGACUCGAACAUGAAAUCCGUGGUCGAGUAUUUCCAAGAAAUGUACGGUUUCACAAUACAGCACACUCAUCUGCCUUGCCUACAAGUAGGGAAUCAGAAGAAGGCAAACUAUUUACCCAUGGAGGUCAGAUGUUGUUGGCUUGUAAAAAUUGUGGAGGGACAGAGAUAUACUAAAAGGUUGAGCGCAAAACGAAUUACUUCUCUUCUAAAGGUCACUUGCCAACGACCAAGGGACCGUGAAAACGAUAUCUUACAGACUGUUCAACACAAUGCUUAUGAAGAAGAUCCGUACGCAAAUGAAUUCGGAAUCAAAAUCAGCGAAAAAAUGACAUCUGUCGAGGCCCGAGUUCUCCCCGCUCCGUGGUUGAAAUAUCAUGACACGGGAAAAGAAAAAGAUUGCUUGCCCCAAGUUGGCCAAUGGAAUAUGAUGAACAAGAAAAUGAUAAACGGCAUGAACGUGAACCGUUGGGCAUGUAUUAACUUCUCACGGAGCGUACAAGAUAGCGUUGCUCGUGGAUUUUGCAAUGAGCUAGCUCAAAUGUGUCAAGUAUCGGGCAUGGAAUUUAAUCCGGAACCCGUUAUUCCAAUCUACAUAGCUCGGCCGGAUCAAGUCGAAAAAGCUUUGAAGCAUGUUUAUCAUGCAUGCACCAAUAAAUUAAAAGGAAAAGAAUUGGAGCUUUUAUUAGCUAUUUUGCCCGACAACAACGGCUCUCUAUACGGUGAUUUGAAGCGAAUAUGUGAAACCGAUCUUGGUAUAAUAUCCCAAUGUUGUCUCACGAAACACGUUUUCAAGAUCAACAAGCAAUAUCUUGCUAAUGUGUCCUUAAAAAUAAAUGUCAAGAUGGGUGGAAGAAAUACGGUUUUAUUGGAUGCAAUAAGCUGUAGAAUACCGCUAGUGAGUGAUAUACCUACGAUUAUAUUCGGAGCUGAUGUAACGCAUCCCGAAAACGGAGAGGAGUCGAGUCCAUCUAUAGCUGCUGUUGUAGCUUCUCAAGAUUGGCCCGAGGUGACAAAGUACGCGGGGUUGGUUUGCGCGCAAGCGCAUAGACAAGAAUUGAUACAAGAUUUGUACAAGACUUGGCAAGAUCCUGUUCGUGGGACCGUGAGUGGCGGCAUGAUCAGGGAUCUUUUGGUUUCGUUUAGAAAAGCAACUGGACAAAAGCCACAGAGGAUAAUAUUUUACAGGGAUGGUGUGAGUGAAGGGCAAUUUUACCAAGUGCUACUAUUUGAGUUGGAUGCUAUUCGCAAGGCUUGCGCCUCGUUGGAGCCAAACUAUCAACCACCGGUGACUUUUAUCGUAGUUCAAAAACGGCAUCACACAAGACUUUUUGCUAACAAUCAUAGGGAUAAAAGCAGCACCGACAAGAGCGGAAACGUAUUACCUGGUACGGUGGUCGAUUCGAAAAUCUGUCAUCCUACAGAAUUCGACUUUUAUCUUUGUAGUCAUGCUGGAAUUCAGGGAACGAGUCGACCUGCUCACUACCAUGUACUCUGGGAUGAGAACAAUUUCACUGCCGACGGAAUUCAGUCACUGACGAACAAUCUAUGUUAUACAUACGCCAGGUGUACACGCUCCGUUUCAGUUGUUCCCCCAGCUUACUAUGCACAUUUGGCUGCAUUCCGGGCGAGAUUCUAUUUGGAACCGGACUUGCCGGAAAGUGGCAGCGGCGGUGGUGGCAAGGUGGGAAGAGUGGCGGGAGAAACGGGUGUGCGUCCUUUACCGGCUCUCAAAGAAAAUGUAAAAAGAGUAAUGUUUUAUUGUUGAAACAAAAGGGCAAAUUAGGGUUUUCUUAGCAUGAGUGGAAGGGCCUUUGUUUGUAUAUGUUUGAUUAUAAAUGCAGCUUCCUAUGGUAAUUUUGAAUUUUAAUUUAGAUAAAUUAAAUGAUGUAAAAAGUUUGCCUAGCUUUCAUUAGUUUAAUUUUGGAUCUAUAAUUGACUAGGAAUAAUAUUAUAGUUGCGAGAAAAAUCGACGAAGAAAAUUUACGCA